AUGUAUUUUUCCAGCAAAAUCAUGGAAAAUCUUCCAAACCCACAAGUAACCUGGCGCUCUUCCGAAGUCUUACAAAGCAAACCACGACGCAAAUCCUCAAAAAAAGUGAACACCGUCUCCAAAAAGCCAGCUGCAUACUAUAAUUUUUGGUUUGAAGGGCCACCGAAAAAUAAGCAUUCAGAAGAAGAUCAGAAUAAGACAGUGAUUAGAACUCAGAAAGUGCCAAAAGUAAAAAGAACGAAUCACAAGUUUCUUAAUUAUCGAGUGCCAUCUGUACAAGCCCUCUUCGAUCCUAAUUAUCUAAAUUAUCUGGAUCAUUAUGCAUUCAAAUAUAAGUCGGGAUUCAAAAAACCACGUGAUAUGCAGAAGAAAUUGACAAUGGAAGAAGCCACGGACCGACUAGACCAGGAAAUUCUUUUCCCAUUUGAUCAAUACCAAUUGGAAUGGAACUUUGAUUAUUAUCUGAGAUGUCACAAUCCAAAUGAUGAAAAUGAUCAAUUGAAAUUGGAAUGGAUCGCAGUCAAUAUUUUGAAUAUCACGAAAAAUCUAUUCUGGAUGCUUUAUAACAAUGAGCAAUCGGUUUGGGGAUAUGAGAAGAAUGUAAUAAGGAGAAUGCAAAACUGGUUGGAUAUUCCUGAGAAGCGACAAAGGGAGUUUCUGAAAAUUCCAAUUAUCAAGUUUGAAGAGAGGAUUCAAAAUCCAAAUAAUUUCCAAUUAUGA